CAGCUGAUCGUGACGUCACUUGCCAACAUGGCGGACUGGAACGGAGGCCAUGGAUCUGUGGAAGACAUGCUGGAUGCUGAGAAUAAACGUCUGGCUGAGAACCUGGCCACCAAAGUCUCCAGGCUGAAAUCUCUGGCGUAUGAUAUUGACAGAGAGGCGGAAGAUCAGAAUGAGUAUUUGGACGGCAUGGACUCAAACUUCUUGAGUGCGACGGGCCUGCUGAGCGGCAGCGUCAAGCGUUUCUCCACUCUGAUUCGCUCCAGUCGCGACAACCGCCGCAUCCUCUGCUACGUCUCAGUGGGCCUGGUGCUGCUCUUCUUUUUGCUCUACUACCUGGUCUCCAGAAUACAGCGUUGAUGCCCUAGGCUGUAUUAACCAGCAUCAUCCUACCCCUGAUGCAGAACUGAGCCAGAAGCUGAAAUCUGGAACAUCAUGUCUGACAGAUUUUGCUCAAAGACAAAAGGAAAGGGAUGGAAAGCAAGGCGUUGAUGUGACCAGUAGGUGGCGUCAGAGCAGCUUGGAACCAAAGGCUGUUUAACACUUUGCAGUAUCAUCCUUCCUUGCAAUAUAGAUAUAGAAUAAAGUGCAUCACAAGAGCUCAAUGGAAUAAUAUCAGGAUAAUAUCAAGAAAAGGCUAACAUAUUACAUUUAAUUAAGCCUCAGCUACUGAGACUGUGUUAGUUCAAGAAAGGACUUCUCCUAAGGUGAUACUUGAUCACACUACUAUGUAACUCCAAAUUUGACUUUGGUGUUGAGUAGAAGUAACAAAUGUUUGGAAGAAUUUUUUUUUUUUUAUCAAAUUGGGGUUAAGUAAAUGUUUUGAGUUACGUAAAUGAAUUGGACCUACAUAUCUAACAAAGAAACACUGUCAUUAGCGUGUAGCUAGGUUACCAUACACAAAAGUUGAACUGCAAUUGGCAGAAGACUGUUAUUGGUACAUAUUUAUGUUUUGGUCUUGUUAUUAAUGUUUUCUUGUUCUGUUCUUCUAAAUUGUAUUUUAACAUUGUCCUUCCUGACCAAUAUUUAGUGUGAGUAUUUCCAGGAAAGAAUUAUAAAUUAAAUUCUGCUUUAGGUUAACUUACUUUAUACCAUUAUUUUUUACGCAUGCAAUAAAUUGUUUUAAUUACUGA